ACCCAGGGAAAACGAUGAGUGGUGGAGAUAUACCAGCUAUAAAGAACACAUGUUAUUAUUUUUAUUUUUGGCAGUCCAUAAAUUUACAUAGUUGUCAAUCGCGGAGUGAUUACUUAUUUUUAUUCAUGUUUGGUAGUGUGUGAUGAAAAGAGCCGCCGAAAUGGACCAAUUAACGUAUCAGACAGCUGUAAAAAAGGCCCAACUGGUUGAGAGGAAUCCCCAGUUGCAGAUCAACCCCAUGCGUGUAUCCAUGCACCAGGAGGAAGACAUCAUCGAAUUGGCCCAACAAAUCCAGAAUGCUGAUAAACAAUUGAAAAACACAACUUGCCACAAGCUGGGGGUCAUAAUGGAGCAGAUCAAAAUGCUUCAGGCCCAAGCGAUGGAGAUACUUAAGGAGUCCACUCUCAACCGAGAUCUGCACAGUGCGGCCUGCAAUUUCACCAAAAAACCCGGACAAAUCUAUCAUCUUUAUCAAAGGUCAUCGGGUCAAAACUAUUUCAGCAUGCUAUCACCGGAAGAAUGGAAUCUUUCCGUUGACCAAACAUUCAAAGGCAGCUACAGAUUGGAAUACGAUUUGAGCUGGACCCCCCUGGAUAAGAUUAAGGAGCAGGAUGAGAAGCUUAAGUGGGCGGAGCAGUGCAUGCAAAAGGCACUAGAUGGUGGGCGUGGUUCGGCCAUGGCAAUUGACUUUAAUAUAAACAAUGAUUGAAAGAAUAUAUUAAAAAUUAUUUUUAUUAA